CUAGCUGUAACCGCCGACAGACGUGGCGUCCGUCGUCAAAGUUGCAUUGUUGAGAUAUCCAUGUUUGGCAAAUCCAAGUCCCUCGAGGUGCGCGACGCGUCGCCAUCGUUCUUGCCCAAGAAGGCGGCGGGUACUGGCGUGAAACUCCCGCCGCCGAUGGCCAAGAAGACGUCCGAGUCCACAGUCAUGAAGACCAACACAGUCACGGGCGUGGAUGUGUCCCACCUUCAAAUAGGGUCCCGUGUGUGGGUUCCAGACGCCAAGGUGCUGUGGCGCGUGGGGGAAGUCACGGCGGUGCUUGAUGGCGGUGUCGUCGACGUGUUUGUACCCGAGAGCCCCGACGACAAGCACCAGAAAGUCGCUGCGUCGGCCAUGCUCGGGUUUGAUCCGUCGCAUUUGAUGGACCACGCGGACAUUGCGCAGAUGAACAACAUGCACGAAGCACCGCUCAUGUCGGUGUUGCACCGACGCUACUUGAUCGACGCUAUCUACACGUUCACGACCGACAUUCUCAUCUCGAUCAACCCGUACAAGAGCAUCCCCAUGCUCUACGAUAUUGCUGGGUUCAUGGCUGCGUCCAAGGCCAAGUUGGACUGCGAAUUGAAAUCGCCCCACUUGUUUAGCAUUGCCGAAAAGGCAUACCGCGACAUGCGACUCGGAAAGCAACGGGACACGGCGCAGUCCAUCGUCGUGAGCGGCGAAAGCGGCGCCGGCAAGACAGAAGCGUCCAAGCACAUCAUGAAGUACUUGGCGGUGGCGAGUCGGCAAGCGGACGAGUCGUCCAAGGGAGUUGGCCAUGCCGCUACUAUGUCGCUGCAUGAAAAGAUUGAAGAGUGCGUCCUCCUGUCCAACUUUGUGCUCGAGUCGUUUGGCAAUGCCAAGACCUCUCGCAACGACAACAGCAGUCGGUUUGGCAAGUACAUUCAGAUCUUGUACGACCAAGACGGCCGCAUGUGCGGCGUCUCUAUCAAGCACUUUUUGCUCGAGAAGACUCGCAUCGUCCUCCCUGAAACCAACGAGCGCAACUACCACGUGUUUUACCAGAUGCUGGCAGGCCUCGAUGCUCUGGAAUUGGCCGAGCUGGAGCUGGUCGCCCCAGACGAGUACGAGUACUUGACGUCUGGCAACUGCAUCGGCAUCGACGGCGUCGACGACGCAGCCGACUUUUGUGGGCUGCGAACGGCCAUGGACAAAUUGGGGUUUACGUCCGCCACACAACGCGAGCUGUUUCAAGUGCUGGCAGCCAUUUUGAAGCUUGGCAAUGCUUCGUUCGUCCCAGUACACCCGCAGGACCGCGAAGCGUGUCAGUUUGCACCAGAGGUGCCGUUGGAGAAGAUUGCCCAACUCCUGGGCGUCCAAGCCGCGGAUCUCGAGCAAAAGAUGACGACGCAAACCACCGUGACGGGCCGCGGGUCGAUUUUGCAUAUGAAAUUGACAUGCGACCAAGCGCAGAACGCCAAGCACGCGUUUUGCAAGUUCAUUUACGGCGAAAUGUUCAACUACCUGAUUGGGCGCAUGAACUCGACGUCGGCUGAAUUUGUGAAAUCCAAGUCGUUUAUUGGGAUUUUGGACAUUUUCGGGUUUGAAGUCAUGCCCGUUAACAGCUUUGAGCAAUUGUGCAUCAACUUUGCCAACGAAAUGCUCCAGCAGCAAUUCAACAAGCACAUUUUUGUGCUCGAACAGGAGCGCUACGCUGCCGAGGGCAUUGCCGUGUCUGUAAUUGAGUUUCAGGACAACCAGGAAUGCUUGGAUUUGAUUCAAAAACCACCCAGCGGUAUCAUGCCGUUGCUGGACGAGCAGAUCAUGUUGAAGCGCAAGACCACGGAUCGGCAGUUGCUGACCAUUUACCACCAAACCCAUUUGGAAAAACACGCGAAUUACGCCAAGCCGCGGUUCGAGUCGGACGAUUUCGUGAUCAAGCAUUACGCCGGCGACGUCAUGUAUUGUAUCAACGGAUUCAUUGGCAAAAACAACGACAACUUGCACGAAGACUUGAUGGAUCUGUUGCGGGCGAGCUCGCUGCAGUUGGUCAGGACCAUGCUAUGUGGUAACACCCCCGCGGCGCCUGUGCAUAUGAAGAGUCCUCGGGGAGCGAGCAGUAGCGACCCAGCCGCCACGAAACAUCGUCGCAACGCCAGCUCGUUGUCUGGGUCGACCACUGUCGCAAGUAAAUUCAAAGCCCAGUUGAGCGGGCUCAUGGAUAUGCUGACCAGCACGACGCCGCACUACAUCAAGUGCAUCAAGCCCAACAAUAUCAAGUUCCCGGGCGGAUUCAGCUCCGAGUUGGUGCGCGAUCAACUGAUUUGCAGCGGCAUUUUGGAAGUGAUCAAAAUCCGACAGCAGGGCUACCCCAUCCGACGCCCAUUCGACCACUUUUUCGACACGUUUCGGGGCAUUUUACGCGGAAAACAAGGUGGAAUUAGUGUCCUGGACGGCUGUCGCCUCAUUACUACUGCGGCGCUGUUGCCAACAGCAUUUCAAAUUGGAAAGACAGAGGUCUACCUUCGGUAUGGCCAAUUGGAACUUCUCCAGUCGGUGUUGGCUGGCGUGAAAAGUGAACUUGCAACGACGAUCCAAUCCAAGUUCUGGAGACGCUGUGUGGUCCACCGCCAAUUCAAGGUCCUGCGACACGGAAUGAUCCAAUUGCAAGCGAAAUUCCGCCAAGUGCGACUGGCGACCCAAUUUCAAGCCAUCAAGUGGGCCACAUUGAAGCUCCAAGCAUCCCAUCGACGCAACGCAUGUGUGCGAGUGUUUGCCGGUCAAAAGCAAGCGGCUCGAGUCCUUCACGCCAUCGGUCGCGGCUUUGUCACUCGCCGCCGAGUCGUUCGAGAUGCGAAAUGGCAGCAAGCGGCCGUGGUGAUUCAAAAAAUCGUCCGCGGGUACCUCCAUCGGUCCAAGGCGUCGCGGGCUUUGAAAUGCCAACACUCGAGCGCGAUCUUGAUUCAGGCGGUGUACCGCGGGUACCGAGACCUCCAACGCUUCUGCCACGUGUAUGAAAACGUCGUGCUGAUCCAAGCCGUGUAUCGCGCGCAUCAGAACCGCCAGUUGUUUCUCCGGGGAAAGGCGGCGGCGGUGGCGUCCCAAGCGCUGGUGCGCAAGCGGUUGCAGCGCAAAAAGUUUGUACACCAGCGUCGCAUGGUCAUCCGUCUGCAGUCUUUUGCACGCAUGGUACCGCAUCGCAGUGAAUUCUUGCGCCGGCAACGCGCCGCCAUGGCCAUCCAGCGCUUCUGUCGGCGCGUCUUGGCUCGGCACCAUGUCACACAAGUGUCUCAAGCGGCCAACGUCGUCGUGUCCUUUAUGCGCAUGUUUUUCUGCAAGAAGACGUUGUCGAUCCAGCGUCAAAGCAUCUUGCGUAUUCAGCGCUCUGUGCGUGGGUAUUUGAAUCGGCGGUGGUUUGUGUCGUUGGUUCGAGCUGUUCGAGUGGUGCAGCGAGCGGUGCACCUGUGGCGAGAGAAGCGACGGCUGGCAUCGCAACUGCGUCGGCUUCGAGACGCGUGUGACCGACGAGAAUCUGCGACAGUGCUCACCCUCGUUCGAGCCACCCCCGAGCUCAUGUACGUCCGCCACCACCACGACCAGUACAACUCGCUGCUGCACAUCGCAGCUGCGUCGGGGGAUCUGAACGUGGUCGAGUUCAUCUUGAGCCAAGACAAGCACGCCAUCAAACUCGUCAACAAGGACGGCAACACGCCGCUGCACGAGGCGUGCGCCCAUUCGCGGCUAGACGUGGCCAAAUGUUUGCUGCGAGCGACGUCGUCCAUCCCGUGGUGUCACUCGCCCGAAACGACCGACGGCGACGACGUGCCCGUAGCCACUACGACCACCACUUCGACGACAUUGACCAAUGAGAACGACGUGGUGGUGAUGGCAGGCACUUUGAAAAAGAGACGCGAGGCGUCGGGGUGGAUGACGCGGUAUGUUGUGCUUCGAACGACCAACCACGUCCCAGAACUGCACUAUUACCACAGCAAACCCCGCCAUGGUGGCACGAAAAGCGAUAAAGUGCUCGAUUUGCGCCGAGCGUUGUUUAAAAAGUGCGAUGACGUGGCGUUUUCGUUUGAGGUUCACUCGCCCGAGCUCCUGCAAGGACGGAACCGCGAAGGCCGAUUGUACUUUCAAGCGACGACGGAAAUGGAACUGCAGUCGUGGCUAGCGUGUCUGCGCGACACGGUGCCGUCGACGCUUGAGACAAGGUUGUUUGCCAUGCAGCGCUCCACCGACAGCAUCCAGUACGUCGAUCGCACGAACGAAGCUGACUGGGUGAAUGCAACCAACGUCCACGGGGAAACGACGCUGCAUGUGGCCGCCCGGGGGGUCCCGGGGAAGGCGACGGCGGCAUCUACCCCUGUAGUCAGGACGCCCGACGACCAACCCCAGCACCUAAGCCCUUCUCCUGUGACGUCGUCGAUUCGAUCAGACGAAGUGCACGCCGUCAAAACGUGCUUGUGGCUAUUGGAACACGGCGCCGAGCUUAACCUUGUCACAUUGAGAGGCAACCAGUCGGCGCUGAAACUCGCCAUCCAGAGCAACUAUCUGACGUUGGCCAAGCACUUGUUGGACCGAGGUGCGACGGCGGGCGACUUGAACCCUGCAGAGACGGCGAUCGUCCAGACCCUCCGGGCAGACUUGGCCAAAACUGCGAUCACGUGCCUGCAAUCCCAGGGCAAUCACGACGCUGUGCUGUUUCUGCUCAAGCGGCCAGGCCAUGUGCGAUACAGUUCGUACGUGUCGUUGUAUGUGGAGCAAGUGGGGCUGCUCAACGUCCUCCAGUUUACCCGGCCGCGUCUGGUGAUCAGUGUCUACGAUACGCAAAAGAACUUGGUGGAGAAGAAACAACAAGUGACAUCGUUGCCGUUGGCGCACGCGAACGCCAUGUUUUGGGGAUGUACGUGGCAUAUGCAAACGCCCAUGGAAAAUCUACCCACAGGAGCCCUGGUCGUGAUCGAAGUCAUGUCGUCUUCCAACCAUGGCAGCAUUAUGCCCACUUCGCCUGGAUACGGCGCCACGGAACCAGUGUGCUGGACGUACAUUCACAUUGACAAGCGCACUGCAACUACGUCCCGCUUGAAUGCAGAAAUGUACAUGUACCCGUUGGACCUGAAGUUCAAGAAACUCCAGCGUUAUGACGGGUUUAUCAGCGGCGACAUUGUCUUGUCUCAAGGAUAGAAAGUAUUAGUACUAUAUUCGACGGAUAAACAAAUGUGCAUUUUGAUAUUUUCAUGCGACUCGAGAAGGCGUAUUAUAUAAGAAUUACGGCCGAAAGGUAAAUGUAUGGCCUUGGGGGCACAUGUAUUGCCCCGCUUGGCUCCCUGGAGGCAUUUGCACGCGCGUGAGACACGUCGGGCACUGCCGCAUGACGACACCGCCCCCUGGCGCGCCGCCUCGAAAGGGGGGCGGCGGCGGUACCGCUAGAUUUGCAGGCGCUCCGCUGGAGCUAGGCAUGCGGAGGGUGAACAAGUGACCGUUGGGACACUGCAACGUGCCGCGCGCGGUGGAGCUGACCAAGCAGCGAAUGCGGCACGCAGGACAUUCGACAAUUACGUUGUUGGGCUGGCCUUGCGCCGCCAUGCGUGCUCGCUCCGCCGCCGUCGGCGUGUGUGCCAAGGAAUGACCGCAUCCAUCGCAGAAUUGCCCGCCCGUGCCGCGCUUGCCGCAGUUGGUGCAGCACGGGUGCGCCUUUGCCAGACCAGACGUCGGUUCGGGCCACUGCGUUUGCGUCUUGCGGCAGAUAGGGCACUUGGUCGAGUUCGCCUCGUCGUGGUUGACGUUCUCAAGCAAACAUGUAAAAUGGAACUUGUGGCCACAUUCCCCUGUGAACACUGACGCUCCCAGCGGCGUGAACUCGUCGAGACAGAUCGGACACUCGUCCUGUUCUGACAGACACAACGUCACCUUGUGGUCAAGGCUGGGAGUGGCAGUCUUAGCCUUUAAUGCAACGAGGGCUUCUCUCGGUCCUGUGAUCUCGAGCACAUUCAAGUCGCUGUGGGAGCGCUGAAGCGGUCGGGUCGCCGUUGCCAUCUUGCUUCGACAACAAAUCGAAUUUGGUGU